UAGUUCCUCCUUCUUCUAGAAAAAAAAGACAUAGAGCAACGCUUUACGUGGCAGAGUCCGGACGUGACAUAUUUAUUUGAGGAAUUUUACCAGUCUUCCUAUAUUUAAAGUGGUUAGUUCAAUAAUUGCGAGGUGCGGUGAUCAGACGUGUCGGGCGUCUCCGACCCAUCAAGCGUCAUGUGGUCGGUUUUACUGACUGCGCUGCUUCCCUCUGUGGUCAUGGCAUAUACAGUGGAUUUGAAAAAGCUAGAGGGUCUUGCAAAGGCAAAAGUUGAGACAUGUGGAGGAUGACAGCUGAACAGGCUGAGGGAAGUCAAGGCCUUUGUGACCCAGGACAUCCCUCUGUAUCAUAACUUGGUAAUGAAGCACAUUCCUGGCGCAGACCCUGAGCUUGUCCUCCUUAACCACUACUAUGAGGAGUUGGAUCGGAUCCCGCUGGCAGACAUGACCCGUACAGAGAUCAACAAACUCCUGGCUGAACUGGUUUAUAAAAAAGCACAACUUGACGACAAAGUACCAGAGGAGUUCCGCUUCUCACCAGCCAAGGACAGCCCCUUCCGAGAGCCUCCUACUACCCAACUACCCACAAAGACUGAUUUUAGUGAGGAACCGCAAUCUAAAAUAGACCCAUCACAUAAAGAUUUAUAACACACAUGAAAGAUUGGUUCGGAAUAGGUCUGUGAUGUGCCCUCACAAUAUCUGCAUUUGUAGAGGUUUUACAGUCUUGUGCAUGCAUCUGUUGAGUCUGUGAUCUUACAUGGACACAUUUGUGGUAUUGGUAAAGGAGUUGUUGGUUACCCUGAUUUUACCCAUUUAGGAACUGAAUGAUGCCCCAAACCAAAAAAUCAUUUGAUUGGUUGGGGGUUGAUGAUGCAUGUGCCUGAGGUCUUAAGUCAGGGUCACCAUAGAGUGCUCAAGGGAAAGCAUAAUGAUGCCACUGAGAAAAAUAAAAAAAAUUUUUUUAUUUGAUUUAAACACUGAAGUGUUUUGAAGCUGGACUUGUGUAGCAAACUACAUAAAACAAAUCAGAAGAAUUUAUUUCUAUAAUAGUAACUAACACCAAAAUUGUAAUAUCAUCAAUGGAAAUAAUGAAGCAUUCUUGGGCUUUGAAAAACUUCUAAAGAAAGAAAACUGCCAGCCAACCUUAGACAAAUAUAAUCCAGGUCAGAAAAAGACAAAUGGCAGCCAAGUAAAUUGGGGCCAGUGUAAGUGGCAUGAAGUUUAAAAGGAAAGACAGAAGAAACUUUACAGAGGAAGUAUUGCUCUGUAAUACUUUGGGUCCCAACACUGAUCGAUCUGUUCACUAAGGUGAACAAACCCAUCUUGGGGAGGACUAGGAUCACACUGCCAGAAGAUGUGUGUGUGUGUGUGCAGGGCUGCAAAAUCUGAAGAGCGAAGCUAAACAGGAGGCAGCAAGACCAUGCAAGGCUUUAAAAGUCAAGAAGUUGUUUAUAAAAUGUAAGAACACAGGAAACGACUGUAACUGACAAAAAGAAGGUGGUAGUGUGUGCUGAUUAUAUCUCCAUAUAUUUUUCCACAGCAGUGGUAAUUCAGAGUAUUUAAUUAAGGGAAAGGAUAUCAAAUAUUUAAUGAGGGCCAAACACUGAUCCUUGAGAGAUGUACUGACAGAGAGCAUUAACUAAAAGGUACUCUGGUUCUGCUUUAGAGAAUGUGGACCGAAAGUACUCCCAGAAACAAAUACUUACAUUUCUCAAAGAAUUUUAAUAGUCAUUCAUAUUAAUUGCAGCGUAAAGAAAAUUUGAGUGAGAAAUAUUCUUCUGUGCAACAAUGUAAACACAAAAUUAGGGGUGCUCUUGGUAGUCAACUUAUAUAUAUAUAUAUAAUGUGUAAAAAAAAAAAAAAAAAA